UUUGUUUAUCUUUUAGUGAAAGUGGAAUAUGGAUAUCCCGAAGAAGACCAGGAAGUUGCAGUACAGUUAGGGCAGCCAUAUAAGAUGGAAGUUAGACUUUUCGGAUCACCAUAUCCAGAAUUGCAGUGGUACUUCAAUGGUGUACCUCUUCCAGGAAAAACUGAAAGUAAAUUACUUCUUUGUCAGUUUUGUAAAAAUGAUGCAGGCAUUUAUCAGUGUCAAGCUAUGCAAAAUAUUCAAGGGAAGCUAGAGGAAUUCUGGUCUCAUACCAUUUCAUUAAGAGCAAAACCAUCAAAACCCACAGUUGUACUUGGAAAGGAUCUUAAGGAUGUGACCUUGGAGGCAAAUAAAGAUUGUUAGCUGAGCCAGAGCCUGUUUAUACAUGGUACAAGAAUGGAAAAGAAAUCCAAAAGGGUGCCAGUAACAUAAUUAAGAUAUAUGGGGUUGGAGUCCCAGAUUCUGGUUUGUAUUUUUGUGAAGCAGAAAAUACAGAGGGAAUUUGCCGUUCUGCUGAAAUUACUGUUACUGUUAGUCGACCAUGUUCAGCCCCAGAUGUUCCAGUAGUUGUCAGGCACCCAGAAGUCCGCUCCUCUUAUGCACUGAAGGAUACAGUAGACCUUUACUUUGAAGUGCGUUGUAGGCAUGCUGUAGAGUUUUUAUGCUACAUCAAUGGCAGAAGCCUCAAUGAUGUCAGUAGAUUGGGAACUAUAGCAGUAUCAGAUAAAGUGGGUGAUUACACUCAUGUGUUAAAUGUACAUUAUGAGGUCAACAAAGAAGAUUGGUGUCAUGGAAAUAAGGGACCCAUUGUUGUGCGUUUGGAAGCCAAUAGUCAAGGCUACUGUGCUACCUCUUCAGUUCUAAUUGAAGUUAAAGGGUCACCUCUUAACCAACAGCUUUCAGCAAGAAAUAAAUGGGCUCUUCUUAUUGCAAAUCACGAAUACGAAUCAGGGAAUGACUUGAAAACGCCUCCUCAAGAUAUGAAAGCUUUCUCCUCAGCCCUCACCAGCCUUGGCUUUCGUUGUAUGACCUGCUGUAAUGUUACCAAAAAGGAGUUCAUGAUCAUUUUAAACCACUUUUUGACAUAUUGUCAAAAUGGAGAUUAUAUUGUAUUUUAUUAUGCUGGUCAUGGAAUUCAUCAUAGAGGAGUAGAUUACAUCCUUCCACUUCAUUUUGAAAGAAAAGGGAUGUGGAGCAAUGAAGUAGAAGAACAAGCAUGCAUCACUACUACAGAAGUUAUAAAUUGGUUCCAAAGAAGCGAUCCUGCUCUUAUUUUUUAUGUUCAUGAUGCAUGCAGAGGAACAAGAAUUGUAAAGGACUUCCAGCCUCAAGAAUUAUAUAGAGAAGCAAAAGGUAAUUUGUGUCUUUUGAAUGCAACAUCAGAAAGUUAUAUUACUUAUGAAGAUCCUGAAUGUGGGUCCUUACUGAUGCAAGAACUGAAGGGUUGGAUCACAGAGAAAAUCCCUGUCACUGCAUUAUGUGACAGAGUUUUAAAAGCUUUCAGGAAUCAUAUUAAUGACGAAGAUGGCAGUGGACCUCAGGUGCCUCAGCGUGUAUGUGACCUCCAGUAUGAUUUGUCUCUUACAGAUCCAGCAGCUCCACUCCAGCAAGAUUAUCACACAGUGCUUGCCAAAUGGGAAGAGAUGAGCAAUGUUGGUGGUACGAAAGAAGAGGUGGUCAGAGUUGGCAACGCUAUGAUGGAAGUCAAAAUAAAAUGUGAACAAGGAGGCUAUCCCAUGAUAAUAUCGAACUCCAUUGAGGUGGUUAUCACUAUUGCCUUCAAGAAUUCAAAUGAUGUAGCUGCUGAGGAAAAGGAAUUGGAUGUCACAAUAACACCCAAUACUUCAGACAGUGAAGUCACUGAAAAAGUUACUGAUAACCCCAUCAGAUGCACUAUCAAGAAUCUUCAAGCAUUAGAUAGUGACUUGUGUGUGGAUCUUUACUUCACAAGAGAAGAAAAUACUGUUGCUGUGUGCAGAUUCAACCUUGGGACACCUUCUCUUUGUAAUAUUUUGAAUUCUCUUAAAAAUGAACUCUAGAAAUGGUGAAUAUCGUGUGGAUCCUACUUCACAAAAGAAGGAAAUACUACUGUUGCCAUGUGCAGAUUCAACCUUGGAACACCUCUUUGUAAUAUUUAGGACUCCUAAAAAUGAACUUUAAAACACAGGUUUUGAUGUAGGAAAAACCUAAUUUUGAUUGUCGCUGUUGAGUCCUCAAAGGAGUUACCCUCCGUGGUGUGUGCCAGCACCCCAUGGUGACUAGACUAAUAUCAAAGAAAUAUUUUUUAGCAUGUUCUUGUAGCUGGGUAUUGUGCCGUAAUGAUAAACACUAUGACACAUAAUAGAGUAUAAUGAACUGAAAGACAAGGAGGCAUUCUUUCUUGUCUUCAGCGAAGCUGUGCCCAGUUUCCCACGUCAAGACUGCAAUUAGAAGUGACUAUUGUGCAUGUGCAUCGGCCAUCUUGUUUUACGAUCAGGCUGGUUAAAAGGCCAAGAACCAUUAUACUCUGUUGGUCAACACAGGAUGAACCUUUACCCAAAUCCCAUGGCUUUUCGUCAGGGAAGUGGGAGGGUUUUUGAGGACUCAACAGCGACUACCAAAAAUAGGUUUUUCCUAUGUUAGAACCUGUUUUUUUAUUGUUUAGUCGCUGUUUCGACCUCAAAGGAGCAUUACAAAGAAAUUGACAGGUGACCAAAGGCUUAAGCUCCCAAAGUUUCCAUCCCAACAAUCUAAAAAUUAAAACACUAUAAAUCAUAUUUGGUCCUAGGUCAAGCCACAAAUUUUGGUAACAAAGAACAAAACUAAGCAAGAACUUGUGUUUUUAGUGUAAAGUUCUAUAGUGACUUACCUAGGUAUCCUGGGUAUGGUUGCAGUAUUGACGCACCUUCCCCAGCGAUAGUCAGCAUACCCACCCGUUGGGAAGACCCCUGGUUUUUCGCUGUAGUGCGUAUGGGGUCAGGACUAACCAUACCACCUACUGAUACACAGUGCAGUUGAAUUUGUUCCAGCUCACGGCAGUAGUGUUUUAAGAAUACCGACUCUGAUGAAGUGUGGGUUAGCCUUUUUAUUGAGGGACACUAAAAUUAUUCAUAGCCCUUGUAGAGAGAGAGUCACCCUUGUAGAUAGAGUAGUUUAUUUGUAUAAGGAUGUAGGAAAAUUGGACCUUCUGGGAUGUUUGCUGUGAUCUCUAGCUAAACCUUAAGUGCUUGAACUGGGCAUAAUGUUCUGUCUGCUAAAUUGAAUUUUCUUUUAAGAAUAGGAGAUUUCCUUUAUAAAGGAUUCUCAUUCUUGGCCAGGAAUGAUGGACCAGGGGACAGUAGUAAAUUAUUAUCAACAAUUCACUAAUAUGGGCUCCUGAUGCUAAUGCCACCAGGGAGAUUGCUUUUUGAAGCAUGUGAGUUGUGGUUGUGUCUGCUGAAGUGAGGGGUACCUAAAAGUCUAAGUACCUUAUUCAGGGACCAAGUAAUUGGAAGUCUUUCGGGAGGGGGUCUUUGUAGAGCAAAAGACUGCCGAAGGGAAGUUACGACUUCUAUGCUGGAAGUAAUCCUGAAUCCAUGAAACAAGGGUUCCAUUAAUGCUGCCCUGUAUGCCAUAAUUGUUGUAACUGUAAGAUGCUUGUCUUCAGAGGUAUAUAAGAAAAUUUAAAAGUAUUUUUAUAGAAAUCUCGACUGGUGUCUCAGUAUGGAUGUAAUCUAACCAUAUCUUCCAUAUGGACUGGUACUGCUGGAUAGAUGAUGUCCAUAAUUAUUGCACUAGGUACCCAGCAAUGUUGGGCGAGUAGCUUUCACGGUAGAUUAUAUUUUAAAAAUUCACAUAUGAAGGUCUUGGCUGAGAAAGGAGGAUGUAUAAAUGACUUUCCCUUCUACUCUCUGGGAUAGUACAGCGGACAGUUAUGAAAUUUGUCUCUUCGCUCAUUGUUGAAGUAAUAGGAACCAAUGUCAGUUUGGCCAGUGUGGGGCUAUUAGGUAAGCUGUUCCUUUGAAGAUUACGAGUUUGUUCAAAACCUUCAAAAUCUGGGACAAUGGAGGGAUAAGACGUAUUGUCUUCCACUCGUUUCAGUUUUGUAGGAAGGCAUCUCUUGCUGUUACUUGACUGUCCAAAUUCAGGGACACAUACUGUAUGCUGGGAGUUUGUGAUUCUCGUAUGUGGCAAACAGGUCCACCUCAUGUUGUGGAAGUAUGUUGGCUAUUGUUUGAAAAGAGUGGUUGCCCAAUGUCCACUUUGUUGAGGGUGUUGUUUUCCUUGACAAAGAUUCUGCUGUUACAUUGAGAGACUGUAAGGUGAAUUGCAGACAAGUCCACUUCUUUACCUGUGCCAUCCGAAGGAUGGCUAACAUUAACAUAUUGAUAGGAGGUGAGUGAUCCCAAAUUCUUGAUGCAGUCCAUUGCAGUCAUGUUGUCUAAGAAUGUGUCCAGGGGGGGGUUUGAGUUUUUUGAGAGACAAAAUGACAGCCAUCAGCUCCAGGAAAUUGAUGUGACAAUUCUGUAGAGUAGCUGACCACCUCCCUGCCACCUGAGGAUCCUCCCAAUGUCCUCUCCAGCCUGUCAACAAGGCAUCUGUGUGUAUUGUUACUUUUACAGAUGGAGGAGUCAGGGUGACCUGUUUUGCCAGAAAUUCCUUCUGGGUUCUGAAGUACAUCUCCACAAUUUUCCUAUUCAUUUUGUGAGAUCUGUCUCACAUCUUUUUUCAUGCAUGUAACAGCCAAAAUUUGUUCAUGUUUUUCAGUUGCAAUCUGAGUAUUGAAUUUGUUACUGAUGCAAACUGUAGCAGACCUAUCAUACAUUCUAACUGCCGUCUGGAAACAAUGGUUUCUGCUAGGAACCUUUUGAGGUUUUUCCUUAUUCUUUUCUGAGUUUUGAUGGGAGGUACAAAAGGCCAUGAAAAGUAUCCCAACAAAUUCCCCGCCACUGAAAUAGUCUGCUGGACGUGACGCCGGAUUUUUUCCAAUUUAAUACACUAAAACCUUUCGACCAGAAUCUGUUGACCAGUGCUCUUAGGUUUAUCAAGCACUUUUCUUGUGGGCCCCUGAUUAACCAGUCAUCUAAAUAAGCUAUUAGAUGUAUUCCUUCUUUCCUGAGUUCUCAGACAACUGCUGUUACCAGUUUUGUAGAUUCUUGGGGCAAUGUUUUGCCCAAAAGGCAUGACUUUGAACCUGUAGGUAUUUUUCCCUAUCCGGAACCCUGGGAAGGAGUGGAAGGGAACGGGCAAUAGGACGUGCCAGUAUGCAUCUCACAAAUCUAUAGGAACUGUCCAGCUCCCUUUUGGAAUGACUGAAAAUACUUUGGCAACCUCAUAAUCCUUAAGAAAUUCCCCUCCAGGUGAGGAUUCCUUUAUUUCCUCCACAGGGUGAACCUGGGGAGUAGUGGGAACUGAUGUUAUUGGGUUUUAGCCCAAAUAUGGAUCUUCAGAGAAGGGGUUAAGUACAUGCUGCUGGAUAGAUAUACAGUGGUACCUCGACAUACGAAAGGCUCAACUUACGAAAAACUCGAGAUACAAAAGCCAAUACGAAAAAUUUAACGGCUCUACAUACGAAAAGUUUUCAAGAUACAAAAGGUUUCUGAAAGUCCAAGAUUCACCCGGAUAACAAUUUUGAAAAUCGCGCCGCACGCCGCCAUCUUAGUACUAGUAGACUCGCCACCAUCCUCCUGCUCUCCCAUUGGUUCCUGAUGCUAGUCGCGGCCAUGAAAUCCUUCUCUCCUAUUGGCCAGCGUCCCUCCCAUCAUGCAUCUACUAUGUACACGUGGUGGCGUGGCUCGGCCACUUGGUACCAGCAUUGUUAUAGUAUGCAUGCAGUAUUUGUUUUCAUGAUCGUCAAUGUGUACGUAAUAUUUAAAAAAAAAAGUGACCAAGAUCUCUCACAUGGGAUAAGUGAUCAAGGUCUCUCUCAUGGGAUAACUGGAAACUUUGCAAGGUUGGUAGAAUCUCCACUCCCUGCUGAACAGAGGGUGUAGACUAAUCAUUUACAACAUGCAUACCAGUAUGUAUACGUAUAAUCAAGGCACUUCAGUUUAUGUUGAAGGUCAGCAGCCGAACAUUCAGUACCCAAAUCAGUUGCAGAGAGAGCAUUUGGUUGAACAGGGUUUUGAUGGACACCAGGGCCAACAGAGUCAUGAGGUGCAAAAAAAGAACCAAGUGAUAAAAAACAGAAAGUUGAAAUUCUGUAAAAAAAAAAAAAAAAAAAAAAAAAAAACCUACGUAAAGAAAAAAAGUAAAAAAAAAAAAGUUAAAAAUCAAAAAGAGAAAAAAAGAAAGAAAAAAAAACGGCAGAAAUUAAAGCCGCUUUUCAUAAAGUGCAAUCAUUUGUAGAAGACACCCCCUGAAAAGGCUCACACAGGAACAUUGUGAAAAGUAGGCAGAAGCAAUCUUCCUUGGAUAGUUACGUAUGUAGUACGUACGUAUAUAUUUUUUAAAGUGUAAAGUGUACAUAUGUACAAAAGAAAAAAAAAAUGGCAGAAAUUAAAGCCGCUUUUCAUAAAGUGCAAUCAUUUGUAGAAGACCCCCCGAAAAAGCUCAUACAGGAACAUUGUGAAAAGUAGGCAGAAGCAAACUUCCUUGGAUAGUUACGUAUGUACGUAGCCUCACUCGAAAGGUAAGCUUCCACAUUUUACGUACAGUAUAUUUCUUGUUACCAUGUACACUAAUAUACACUUUAUUUACAGGUUAUAUUUUGCAUUUUUUUAUUAAUUUAAGUAUUGAAUGGUCCAAAUUGUUGUAGUAUUUCAUUGUUUAUAGGUCAAUUUAGCUUUAUUAUGAAAUUUACUGGGGUGUUUUUGGAGGGCUUGGAACGGAUUAGCCAUUUUACAUGUAAAAUGUGGUCCAAGAUACGAAAACCUCAUGAUACGAAGGGCGCCUUGGAACGGAUUAAUUUUGUAUCUUGAGGUACUGCUGUAAUUUCCCCUUUCCUCGCCCUUGCUGAACCCUAGGACCCAUGAAGACACCCUAAAAUGGGCAGUUUCAUACUUAAAGCUUGCUGCCAAGAGCAUGCUACAAAUUUUGCAUAUGUCUUGCAACCAAACAAAUUUGUCCUGAUUAUUACAGGGACUGUUAAUGGCAGGUGAUGUGGGUCUUGCUUACUGGCAAAAACUGUACCGAGCAACCUGCUACAGAACAUUUUAAGGGUCACACUUCAAGGUGGUCCUGUAGUGAAAAAACCAAUUUGUAUUGGGAAAUUUAAUUAGUAUAAAUUAUUUUUAAUCCUGGGCACCUGUAAAUAGUAGAUCUUAUUUUAAAGGUAACUUUGAAUAUAAGUAUACAGUUUUAGUACAUUUUUAUAUAAUAUCUAUGUUAACUUAAACCCUUAGUUUUAGGUUACCAUUGAAGACCUGUCUAAUGUCUGUUCUUAAACUUAGCUCAUUUGUAAUGGCUAUGUCAAGUUUUUAUUAUAUUAAUAUCACUCAGACUAGUUUAUGACUAACCUGUUUAACUAACCCAAGCCACUUUUUCAUGUGGCUUAGGUUAAUACCUUUGGUAUAAUCUAUGUUAAGCUAAUCAUAAAGAAUUUUUCUAGGGUUCUCAGUUAUUAUAAGUCACUGCUUACAUCAGGGUUAAUUAAAACCAGAUAUAUACAAAAUAUCUCAUUGUUUUGUUAUAGUAAAUCCUAGUCUACCCUCUUGUCUGAUACUCAGCCAUAUUGUUUCUAGGCUAAUAGAAGGAUAUUCAAUUUAAAAAGGCAUUCCUACUUAAUCUGGUUAGGCUACUACCUAUUCUAGGUUUAUAUAAUUUAAAAAAAUAUAAGCUACACAAUAUAUUAUUAUGUAGUCAUAAACCAAGUUAAAUUUAUUGAGCCCAGUAAUUUUUGAGUCUUGAAUAUACUGGUUUGUAGUCAUACAUAAUAACCUAGGCUACUAAGUCAUAGCAAACAGAGUUAUUUUUGCUAAGCUUAGAAUACCUUAUAUGUAGCUUUACAGGUAAACUAUGCUAUAUAAAACCAUCUUACUAAUACUAACCUUUUUAUAACUAAAUUAGUAUAAUUUAUUCCAGGCCUAAUUUAGAAUAAUGUUUAAUCAAGAAUGAUAAACUCCAACACUCAAGGUUAUGUGUUAUUUAAAACACAAAUAUCCUUAAAAUGUUGCCUUAAGGUUAGGCUACUAUCUCAUCUGGCACCAGUUGCCAAUUUUCGACAAGUCUUAUGUUACGUGGUCUAGGCUAACAAUUUAGUCCGAUAGGAUGUUUAGUAAAAGUUUACCACUUAACAUUAGGUACUACCUAGUCCUUUCAACUAGUCUUAGGUGGGUUAUUUAGUUCAUUCUAAAUAUGCAUGUUAUAUAAAAUGAAGUGCUUAUCACUUAGGUAACUACCUAAUCCAGGUUAUUUAAAUCACCUUUAGGAUAUAUAAUCCUAGAUUACAGGCUACAAACAAUAACUGCCAUAGUCUUAAAUUGUUUGCAAUGAAUUGGUUAGGCUAAUAGCUCAUGUAGGCUAAUAUCUAAGAAUUUGUAGAACAAUUCUUUAACUAAAAUCUUCCAAAAGGAAUGACAAAUUCUUUAAUAAUAAUAAAAAAAAACUAGCCAGGAUUUUGUAUUGCACCGACCAUGUGCUCGCCAAACAAAGGCUGGUUUCUAUAUUCAAAACAAACCUUUGUUCUACAGUUUUAAACUAAAAUAUUUUUCACUAAAGUUUAAAAAUAAGCCCUCAAUUUUCAAAUUUCAGUGAUUCCAUGAUCCUCAAAAAAAAUUUGGAGAUUGAAAUGUCUCAAAUGAAGAGCACUGGCUGAAGACACCUUAGUGUGCAUUGACUAGAGAGGUGAUGGUUCUUGGUCUUGUAACUAGCCCGAUCAUAAAACGAUGUGGCCGACGCGCAUGCGCAAUAAGUCACUUCUGCCGUCUUGAUGUGGGAAACUGGGUACAACUUCGCUGAAGACAAGACAAAAUGCCUUCUUGUCUUGAGUCCAUUAUACUCUAUCUCAUAUGGGCUGCUCUACGAGCAAGAGCCCGUGCUGGCACAAGGCCAGCUUAAUCUCAAACAACAACAUACUCUAUCAUGUGUUAAUGUUUAUCAUUACAACACAAUACCAGGCUAAAAGGUAUUUCUUUGACAUUAGUCUAAUCAUCAUGGGCCACUGGCACACACCAUGGAGGGUAACUCCUUUGAGGAUGAAACAGCGACUACACCAUAAGAAAUGGUGAAUAUUUUUCAGUCUCCAAGAGGAAAACAAAUCCAGACACUUGAAUUCAAGCCUAAAUUCUAUUAGCAGCAGUAUAUACCAUACAUAUAAAAUAAGUGAUGCAUAGUUCAUAGUGUGGUUAUAUUAGAAUGUAACAUACUCAAAUGUACCAAGCAAAUGUGCAUCUGAUGAUUGCUUCCUCUAGGAACUACUACUGUUGUCUCAAAUUAUAGUCUGUGAUCUUUACAAGUUUAGCUUUGUAUCUCUUGAGGCUACUGAUGAUUAAGGGGUGACUGAUACUGGUUCACUAGAAGCUCAUCAUCCUUUAACAAAUCAUAAUCUUCAUGGUUUCUUAAACUUGCACAUCUUUCACAAGUAGAUUCAUUACCUUAUUUGGUAUUGCAGUGCUUUUAUUUUCAAAAGUAGUGCUUAUGAAUCUUUUUUUUUCUUUCUUCCAUUAAAUGUCUUUUACAUUUACCCCCCCAUUAAAUUUAUAUUCUUUCUGUUGAGGAUGCUUAUGUUUUGGAUUAAUUUUCUGCUAUGGGAUGUUCUCAUGCUUCACUUCCCAUUACUUAUUUGUAGUUAUUGGUGAUUUUCAGUAAUAAAAUCAUUUUUACCCUAUUUAUUAUUGGCAUAUCUUCAUAAUAAAAAUCCUAUUCGAGGAAUACAUAAUUCCUUGGGAAAAGCAUUUUUCAAAAGACUGCUAAAAUGCUAAAUUAAAAUCCCCCAAAAUCACAAAUGCUUUCUCCCUACCAUGGCUACUCCUUCUGACUCCCUUAACCAAUCUGUUGCGACAGAGUUGAAGGUAUCUUCAUGAAGAAGUUUGAUCAAUCAGAGGUUAAGCAUCCAAGCAGGAAGGUCGUAGAUCCUCUAUUUUUUUCUUCCUCGUCUUCAUCAUUUGCCCCAUCCGUUCCGGUCAGACAGAAGAAGAGAGACCUCAUAGCUCUUCCACUUAAGAAGAUGCUUGAGUCUUCCUCAGAAUCUUGCUCUUCAUCUCCUGUAGCUGCCCUUCGUUCAUCUAAGCACGGCUGUGCUGAAACAGCUCGUGCUUCUACAUAAGUUACUUUCAAAACUGUUCUUCCGUCAAGGCACAAUGACGCAUUCCUCUUACUAUUUCUGAUGCUACUCGACCAGCUGGUAACGUGAGGACUAUCAACCCUCCAGUUUGAACUCUCCCUCAGAAGGCUUCUGUUGUUUCUUCUCCUGUUCUAGGUCAAGGUGUUCCUCAAGUUCGUAGGAAGGAGGACAAGGCCCCCAUCAAGAAAUCUAAACUCUGGAUCCCUCUCGUCGGAGGUCUCCUGCAUCUCUCAUUCACAUCCUAUGUACAGGCAGUUCCCGCUUAUCAGUGGUGUCGGUUAAUGGUGUUCUGAUUUUAGUGCUUGGCUAAACCGAUAAACUGCCUACCAAUGCCGCUAACCUGCUUACCAGCAUCGAAAAUCUGGUCAACAACGUUUAGCCAAGUGUCAUAAAACCGAAACGCUGUGACCAAAUAAGCAAUGACUGCUUAAGUAACUUGUGAUUUAGUAAAUUGAACACAGGUACAUACCUAAAUGCUUCCUAUAUGCAUAUCAACUAUCAGCAAACGAUCCUUUAGAUUCUAUGUAUACUUAUAUACAGGCAGUACCCGGGUUACGACGACCGUUUUCGAGACGCGUUGUAAGCCGGAACAUUGUCAAAAAUCCUAAGAAAACCUUACUUUUAAUGCUUUAGGUGCAUUCAAAACUAUGUAAACUGCAUUCUUAUUGCAUUUUACAUCAAAAAAAACCUUUAAAUAUUGAUUAUUUUGCAUUUUUGGUGUCAUAUUUCAUCUGCCAGAUCAGUGUUUGUAGGCAUCGUAACUCUGGAACAUGUGUUGUAACCCUGGAACAUGCAUCGUAACCCUGGAAAUAAUUUCUGAUGAAUAUAAUUGAAAAGCGUCGUAACCUUGGAACGUCGUAAGCCGAGACCGUCGUAACCCGGAGACUGCCUGUAUAGGGCCAACCUGUAGUACUCAGGGUAAAAAAUCAAUAAGCAGCACCCCAGGCCAUGGAAACUUUGAGGUCAGCCAGUUUAAGAAAAAAACACAUCAAUGGCAAGAGGAAGAUAUGCAAAUGGAAAUGGUAUAAGAAAAAAAAAUUAUAAAAAAUUUUUCCUACCUUCCACAAUUAGUUGAAAAUAACUAUUUACAGUCCCUUGCAUGGCCUCUUUUACAAGAUGAUCAUAAAUAUUACCAAGUUAUACACUUUUUCUAAAAAAUAAUUUUAUGUUAUUUUGUAAAAUUAUCAUUACAGCUCACACAAUAUCAAAAUAAAACUAAAUCUGUAACAAACUGAGCAUAUUGAAAAAUAUUCACAAAUUUACUUAGAUUGAAGAUGCAGUGACUUUUUUGGCUUAUACAUGUCUUUUCUUAUAUUUCUGCACUUUUAUUUGCAAAAUUACAAUUAUACUGACAUAUAAAAGAUAAGAACUAAAACCAACAGCAACCCCUGGUUAUAUUUAUGAGCAAAUAUAUAAUAAGACAUCAUGUGUGAGAGAGAGGCAGUCCAUCUCUCCUUGAAGUCAAGUACACUACUAACUUUGUCAUGUGGUGCUCUCUUUAUCUGAACCAGUCUAAAAGUUACCAUCAGUGAAUUUAUGGGCUAUAGAAGUAAUGGCACCUCUUUCCCCUAUGAUUCCCCAAAAUUGAUGUCGCGUAAUAUUGUUACUCACCAUGCCUGAAAUCAUCAGCCACCCAAAACCUCUUAUAUCAGUCCAAUAAGGGUUAAAUAUAAUUUUUUCUGCAACUUUGGAGGGCACAUGGAGGAUAGAAAUUGGCAUGUAGUUUACUGUCCCCCCAUACCCAAGUGAAAAAAUGAUUGAGCAAUGUGGGUUGAGGGAGGGAAUUACAUCACUUACUUGAUCUCCACCAAGGCAUACAUGUUUCUAUGUUUUAGUGACCUUUCAUGCAUGCAUGCUGAAGACCUAUGAAAAAUACAAAUCAAUAAAUGUGCUGUUGAAUUUGUAAUACAAAAGAAGAUUUUUCAUUUGAAGUUCAAAUACUUACCUUUAGAUGGUUGCACUGUGAGUGAAGUUAUAUGAAAUAAAGCCUGUCUUCUAAUUU